AUGAUCACUGAAUCACAUCUACCACCUUCAUUCUGGAGUUACUGUCUUGCUGCUCAUGUUCAUGUCUGGAAUCGUCUUCCUACUGCGCCUUUGCCUCACACUACACCAUUUGAGGCCUGGCAUAAGAAGAAACCAGAUGACCAAUGCAAAUUGCUUCAGCCUCACAUGGAGAAAUGUGUCUUUCUUGGAUAUCCCUCUGGUUACAAGGGUUGGACAUUCUUCAAUCCUACCACCAAGAAGAUCAUUAUCUCUGAACGAGCUGAGUUUGAUGAGCGUUACUUUCCUGGCUUGUCUACUGGCCCAGUAGCUAAAGUAGAUCUCACUCCACCUGGACAGCUUCCCUUACCUCAGAUGGCCAAUCUUCCUGAUUUGCCUGAUGAACCUCCUGUUAUUAUUCCAUCUGGCUCUAGUCCUCCACCAUCUCAGCCACCAUCUCCUCAACCAUCUCCUCCUCCACCAUCUCCUCCAAAUUCUCCAUCACCUUCACCACCACAGUCAUCUUCACCUCCUCCUCCACCAGAGGCUCCUGAGCCACGUCACUCAACUUGA